AUGUUUAGCUCAUACUCAGCCACAGAAGUUCAUUACCAUGUUAGAUCCAUUAGCUUGCCUUCUAGGCUACAUCCUUCAUUACAUAAGAUUGAAAAAGAGCUCAAGAGGCUGAAAACAUGGGAUGCCUCACAAGUUUCAACAAACUCACUACAAAGUGAGUCAAUCAAAACAGGUUUAACAGGGCUUGCAGAGUUGUAUAAUUGUGUACAAGAACUCAUUGGUUGCCCCAUCACUCAGCAAGCUCUAUUACGCCAACAUCAUCAACAAGAAAAGCAUAUAGAGAAGCCACUUGACAUGUCAAUUGGUUUGCUUGAUGUUUGUGGAUCAGCAAGAGAAUUAUUGUUAUUGAUGAAGGAACAUGUUCUAGACCUUCAAUCAGCUUUGCGCAGAAAGGGUGUGGAUUCAAGUAUCAAUAGUCACAUUUGUGCUUACAUUUGUUUUAGGAAGAAGGCAAGGAAAGACAUCUCAACAAGCCUUAAAACAUUGAAGAAAAUGGAAGGUACCUUUAAAUCAUACCCUUUCUUAGAUGUAGACCACCAUCAUCUAUUAACGGUGAUCAAGGUGCUAAGAGAAUUAAGUUCCAUCACCAUUUCAUUAUUCAAAAAACUCCUACUUUUUAUGUAUGCGCCAGAAUUGAAGAAAAACACUCGUGGGUGGUCAUUGUUCUCUAGAAUGGUGUCCACUGAAUCUGAUAGAGAAAAGAGGUUCAUCAAUGAGAUGGGGGAUAUUGAUGUUGCUCUCUGCACCUUCCUGAAACGUAAUGGGAAAAGUGAUGCUAAAGAUGAUGUACAAAUAAUGAAGAUGAGAUUAGGGGAACUAGAUGGGAGCAUCAGAGACUUGGAGGCACGAUUAGAGUGCCUCUUUAGGUGCUUACUACAACAAAGAGUGUCACUGCUUAAUCUUCUCACACACUGA